CCAACAGGAUGAAAUUUUGGUUGAAAAAGAGGUGUAUCCUUGUGCUAUACCAUACGAUGUAGGUCCACCUAGAAGUCGGCAUGGCAAAUUGGUGAAAAGAAUUUAUGGGCAGUGAACAGCAGCAAGAAUUUAAAGACACCUAUGCUAGCAUCUACCGAUGUAGAUGGUUGACACUAUAUAUAUAUAUAUACUUGAUUAUUUAUUUAUAAUUCAGUCUUGUUAACCAUGAAAUCGUUACUCCAAAUCCAACCUUUAACCAUAUUAAUUUCAUUCUGUGCAAUUUCACUCUUUAUAUUGAUUUCCAUACUAUUCUUUACCCCAUCAAAGAUACCAGAACUGGACAUUGGUAGUUCUUUACAACAAACUACUGAUUCUGAUCCAACUGAUGUUAACCAUCUUGUCUUCGGAAUCGCUUCAACCGGAAAUUCAUGGGCUAACAGGAAAAAAUAUGUCAAACUAUGGUGGAGGAAAAAAAUGAAAGGUUGUGUUUUUGUGGAUAAUCUUCCACCGGAAGGAAAUCAUACUGAUGAUUCUGUUCCUCCUCUUUGUGUCUCUGAGGACACUUCGAAGUUUCAUUACACUUUUAAAGGUGGUUUAAGAUCAGCAAUUCGCGUGGCGCGUGUUGUGAAAGAGAUUGUUGGGUUGAAUAAUAAUUCUAAUGUUAGGUGGUAUGUGUUUGGUGAUGAUGACACAAUUUUCUUUCCUGAGAAUCUUGCUAAGACUCUUUCUAAAUAUGAUCAUAGGCUUUGGUACUACGUUGGUGCUUACUCCGAGAAUUACGAAGGGUCUUAUGUUUUUGGUUUUGGAAUGGCUUUUGGUGGAGGUGGUUUUGCUAUAAGUGCUUCUUUAGCAAAUGUUUUAUCUAAAGUUUUUGAUUCUUGUAUUGAGAGAUAUUCUCAUCUUUAUGGAAGUGAUGCUAGGGUGUUCUCUUGCAUAGCUGAACUUGGUGUUGGAUUAACAUAUGAACCUGGUUUUCAUCAGGUUGAUUUAAGCGGAAAUAUCUUUGGAUUACUGGCUGCGCAUCCAUUAAGUCUCUUGUUAUCGUUACAUCAUCCCGAACUCGUUGAACCAAUCUUUCCUCAAAUGACAGUUUCAAAUUCACUGCAACAUUUAUUUGAAGCUGCAAAUGUUGAUUCACAGAGGAUCCUACAACAAACAGUUUGUUACGAUAAACAAUUUUCGCGGACAAUUUCAGUAUCAUGGGGCUACGCUGUUCAAGUAUUCCAAAACAAUGAACUUUUACCGAAUAUUCUGAGAGUUCGAGAAACAUUCAAACCAUGGAGGGAAAACUGGCCUUUUGCCGGAGUAUAUACAUUUAGUACAACCAAAGUUCAUCCGGAUCCUUGCGAAAGACCUAUGAUUUUCUAUCUAGACAAUAUAUCUUCGGGUAAAUAUGGUGGUAUUGUUAGCAACUAUACGAAAUCUUUUCGAGAUUGUUCCAACAAUAAUACAUCAUUGAAGAAUCUGGAGGUGAUUAAAGUAGUCACAAAAAAGUUAGACCUUGACGCCAAACAGUUGCAGAGUCCAAGAAGACAGUGUUGUGAUGUGCACUCAAACUCUAGUCAACUCUUGGAAAUUGCAAUUCGAGAGUGCAGAUAUGAAGAAUUGAUUUAUCUGCAUUGAUAGCACAAAUCUAUGUAUUAAAUUUGUUUCAUUAUAAACCGUUGCUAGAAGACAUUCCAACUUUUACAUAUGGUAGAAGUACUUAUCUGAGUUAAAAUAAUGACUUUUUGUUUCCUCUUCUGUUCAACCCAACCUUGAUGACUUUCUAAGUAUACACUACACCUCAGGUUCAAAUAGAAUUUUCUUCUUAACCAUGGUGUAACAGAUAUUCUAUAUUUUGUUGUAGGUGUGUACAUAUGCGCAUACGAAACUCACUAUUGUCUAGAACUGUCAAAAUGGACUAACCCAUAUGGGCCGGCCCGCUAUAUCCGAAAAAUCUUAGGGUUUGGACCUUAAAAUUAAAGCUCAUAUUUUUCAGAGCAUUUUUAAUCCUGAAAAGCCUGCUACCCAUUAGGGCUAGUCCAUAUGAGCCGUGAGUAGCCCAUUAGACCCCAUAAUCAUAAAUUUUUAAAAAAAUAUUAAUAUUUAUAUUAUCUUACUCCAAAAUAGCAUAUUAAUUUUCUUCACUUCACUAAAUUUUAUCUCUAUUCUAUUUAAUUUUUCUCUUUUAAAUAUUAUACAUUAAUAUAAUCAAUAUUUUUUCAUCGUAUUCCAUUAGUUUUUC